CUAGUGCUUUCGUUGGGAGCUCGGUGCGCCAUCGGUUCCCCACCCCGCUCGACCCCUCGCGUGGAGGCUUCGAAACCCGCGGCCGGAAAAGGUCAGGUUAGACCGCGCGCGAUGCCGCCGUAAGGAGCGUCGGCGCUCGAGUGAAACGCGCGAAACUAGUGCCGCAGGUGAGACUGGAGGCGAAUCCACGCUCGGCCGUCCGCGGAUGAAUUUCGGGUAAUCUCGGGAAAUUUCGGGGAAUUCCGGGAAAACCCCGGAUCUCGCGGCGGCGGGUGCUCAGUGGUAAUACGUGUGGUGCGUAAAUAGCCAAGUGUAACCUAGCCGCAGUGUUUUGUUCACCACGGCCACCAGUUGCGAGCGCGAGGACGCGCGACCCCCCAGUCCUCGCCAGUGUCACCUUGGGAUUACCGGAUUACGGGAGGUCCCGGCUCGUCGUCGUCGCCGCCGACGCCGUCCUCCUUGACGGCGACCGAGAGGGUGCACCGUGAGGGGAACGGAGCCGGGGGAUCCGGAGGACGGGAGAAUCUAGUGAGGACGCUGGGCGUAGCGGCGACGACAUGAAGCAUGCAGCAUGCGCGGUAGCGGUGUCACGGCUGCGCGGUCCUGCCUUCAACCCCUGGUGUCCGCCAGCCGCUACCUCGCCGUACACGCCCUCCCUGGUGAUCCCCUCUACUUCGUCGUCGAGGCCAAGUCGAGAGUAAAGGAGGUCUACGCGCAGACAUGCCUUCUUCUCGGCCAACAGGGCAUGCGAGACUGCGAACUCUUCGGCCUGGCAAUAUUGUCCGACGGCGAGUACCUCUUCGUGGAUCCCGAGAGUAAGCUGAGCAAGUACGCCCCGAAGAACUGGAGGAGCUCGCACACCUACGGACUGGACAGCAGCGGCCGCCCGGCUUUCGUGCUUUACUUUCGCGUCCGCUACUACGUCGACACUCCUCUGCUCCUCAGCGAUGAGACGACACGCCACCAUUACUACCUUCAACUGCGAGACAACGUCGUGCGACAUGGAGGCGGCGUGGAGAGCCUGCACCCUCACCACCCUCUUCACGCGAGCUCCGUGGUCACGCCGCUCCUCGCCCUGGCCGGCCUCGCCCUGCAGGCCGACCUCGGGGACUACGCCGAAGAGCGGCACCGACCCCACGCUGGAUCGGUCGGCUACUGCAAACCCACCGAUUACCUACCGCCCCAUAUGUGCCUCGAGCCGAACGUGCUGGCCGUGCUCGCGGCGCAGCACCGCAACAAUCGCGGGCUGUCGCGAGAGGAGGCUGAGCUGCAGUACAUCCGGGAGGCGGUGCUGUUGGAGGCGCCGCUCAACGCGCACCUCUACCGACUACGAAGGAGCAAGGGCGAGGCGGGACCAGGGCGAAUCCUGCUGGCGAUCUGCGCGCGAGGAGUGCGGGUCUACGCCGAGGAGGAGACCCCGAGGGUCUUCGCCUGGAACAACAUCGGCAAGCUGUGCUUCGACCGCAAGAAGUUCGAGAUCCGCGCGGUCGACCAGCCGGACAAGCUCACCCUGUACAGCGGAUGCGACGACAAGAGCAAGCUCCUGCUGGGUCUCUGCAGGGAUACCCACCAGUUCUCGAUGGCCAUAGCUCCACGACUGAGCGAGGCCAGACGUCGCGAGGAAGAGGAGCGCAAGGUCCUCAGGGACUGCUACAUGUACCCAGCGCGCUGCAAGCUGAGCCUCACGACGCGGGGCGCGCGCGGUGACCAGCGGAUCUCGGUCAUCUCCAGCACCUCCUCGAACACGACAUCCGGGAUCGUGAGCGACAGGGUGCACAGCGAGGACGAGCCCGACACGGCCCCGGCUUCCACGGAGUGCCUACCCAGGUUGACCGAGUCGUCAAACCAGGGUGCAGCGGCGAAAGUCGUAAACGGGGCCGACGAGGACGAUCGUUCCAGGCCGACCUCUCCCGUUUCCACCGUCGAUGAAGUCGACGGUGCGGACACGGCGCCUUCGGCGGUGGCCCUAAGGCUGACAUCGAGUGCCGCUGCUGCAGCAGAGGGGUCGCAGUGCAGCAGCAGCUGCAGUACGGUCGUGGUCGUAAACGCGCCCGCAGGUGGACCGACGAGGAUCAGGCGGACCUCGGCGACCUCCAGCCUGGAGCUGGGCUACUCGCAUACCGCCCAGAACUCGGCGGUCUCGUCCGAGGCGGCCAGCUUCCCGGGCGCCAUUUACGACAGGUGCAAGAAGACGGGGAAAUAUGCAGGGACCGACAUCGCGAGCGAGACCAGCGGCGUGUACACCCUGAGGAGCAGCGAGAUGCAGGACGAGAGGAUAGCGGACCUGUACUCGCCCACGGGGGACGCCAACGGCUCCUCGGCGGUGAGCGACGUGUGCGCCCUGAGCUCGGUGCAGUCGACCACGGACGAGGCAUCCGUUACUUCCGGCUUCUACACGAUCCACAGCGGCCUGAGGUCGGACGGCAGCGACGUCUACACGGAAGACGUCGGUACGGAAGACCAGGAGCCGAUAUACAGCGUCUGCAAGGGCGAGGAGGACGUGGGUCGCACGGUACCCGCGAUACAGAGCGUGUCCCUCGACCAGCAGCUGGAGGACCCGAGGUCCAGGAGCAACAGCAUCCUCAGCGCUGGGAGUUUCAGAGGGGACGGCAGCGACCCCUCGGACGUUGGGCCGUUGCUGUCCGCCGACGAGCUGUCAGACCUCAUAGUGGGUCGGUACCCUCCCAGGAAGACCAUCAGCAACUCGAUGGACUCGGACUGUGACUACGUGACGGUGCCUCCACCACCACCUCCGCCGCCCCCGAGGACCGACAGCGACCGCCAGCUUCCACCCCCUCCGCCAUACCCAGUGAACGUCGACUACGCGACCAUAGAGCCUCUCAGAGGCAAAAUUCCCCCGGAGAGAGAACCUCCACCGCCGCCGCCUUACAUCGCCCUCAGGGCGGACUUCGUGCCCCUGCCGCCUAGAAGAGCGGAACCACCGCCUCCACCACCACCCUACACCUCUCCCCGCGAGCGCAUUCAGAUCCCACCUCCAACACCUCCCAGGAACGACGCCGUUACUCCCAGAGAGCCACCACCACCACCACCGUACCCUGAUGUACCCUCCACCCGGGCCGAGACCAUUCCCGCCUUCUUCCCCAACUCCGGCGAGGUCGCUCCCAAGACCGGAAGCCCCGCCAAGCCUCCGGCCAUCCUCCCGGGGAGCAAAACCACCCUGACGGGCACCAAGCUCAACGUCACGAACUCCUCUUCGAUGUUGAACUUCUCGGCGGGCGUCAACAUCGAGGCGCCCCCCAUCACCCCGAAACCUCCGCCCAGGAUUCAGCCUCCGACUUAUCCUGGAGAUAAGAUGAAGCCCACGCCCGUUCAUGCGCCGGUGGCGGCACUGGUGGUCGGUCCAAAUAAUUAUCUGGAUGUUCACGCGUCCAGGGGUGGACCCGUCCUGCUGCCUUACCUGGCUUCUCCGCCACCACCGCCUCCUCCACCUGCGACACAUUCCAGGCAACCUCCUCCACCCCCGCCGAGCCUGGCUGGCGUCUAUUCCAGCCAGGUCGCCAGGUCGCAGAUCGAACAGUACAAGCAGCAGCUCUACUCGGAUGUGGACUACGUCAUGUUUCCUUUGAAGGACCCGGCCGUUUCUAAACAGGAGUACAUCGACGCUAAGCAGGGCUCUCUCCUGGCUGCCAUGGCCGCCAUCCCUCCACCGCCUUAUCCGUCCUUGGACAACAAGACCUCCGUUGUCUAUCGAAGCACUCCGUAUUUACCGGGCUCCUCGUUCUCCUCCACAACCAAGUACGCCAGUAACCAGAACCUCAGCACCAGCGACACCAGUUCCGUGGGGAAUUACCUGAUCCAUGGGAACCUGAGUAGCCAUUAUGCGGCCAGCACCAGCUCCCUGUACAGUGGAGUCACGUGCUCGUCCGGAGGCAGCCACAGCCUCAGGAGGGAACCACCAGCUCCGACCCACCCACACACCCUUCACGCGUUCUCCAGGACAAGAAGCGACGAGAAUAUCCUUAAAUGCUUCGAAUCUCCGGUUAGUUCUAAAAUGCAGUCAUUGCCACAGCCGAAGCAUCGCAGGUUACCGCCGCCUCCACCGCCACCGCCUUACGAGAUCCAGAGUCUCGAGAAGAGUCAACCACUGCCAUCGGCAUCUUCUUCCGCGCCGUCGUCGGCGAAGAAACCCGCCAAGGCGACGAGAACCGAGCGGGAACCGGGGAAGGAAGACGGGAUGCUGGACAUCAGGACUCUCAGGGAGAAGAGUCGCAACCUGGACCUCCCCUUGAUCUCUGCUCUCUGCAACGAUCGCUACCUGUUGAAGCAGACCAAGGCCUUCGUCCUGCCUAAGCACUCGGUUGAGGGCACGGUGUCGUCUUCGCCCAGGACGACCGGCAAGAACUCGAAUGGAUCAUCGGCUACCACCAGCAAGAGCAAGCAUCCGGCUAGUAGCCUGUCCACUGCGCAGAUCUCGAAGCCACCCAGGAAGUCCUCCACCGGCACUCACAGGCAUCCUGCCGAGGUCAAAGGCAACGCGUACAGGGUCUCCACGUCGCCUGGACACUCGCCCGCGAAGAAGGAUCCUGGACGGGCGUCUCAUUCCUAGCUCUUCAAGAUUCAGAAGCGAAGAGGCCCAACGCUCAGGAACGCAUAGAAAAAGAAACCGAUCACAAGGAAGACCUUGAAACCUAUGGAGGCAUCUUAUCAGUACUUAUCGUGGUAGAUGGGAGUCCGAAUCUCUAUCAAUCGAUACACAUUGCACGGUCGAAAGCUGCGGAGCUUUCGGCGAGGAUCACCCUCCUCUUCUUCAUUCCAAUAUGUACAAGUAAUCUGCCGAGUUUUUGGGACCUUUGGUGGAUCGUUGAUGACGGGCCCGACGUCCAUCUUGAAGGCAUUCCCGGGAGAUAGGCAAAGUACUGUGUCGAAUUGUUGUGUCACCUACCUCGCGUAUUCCAUUUUUCAUACAGUGUAGACCGUGCUUCUUCAACUCAGGGUGCCAUUUUAUCUUUCUCCUUUGGCUCAUGCGCUCUUGCAUUGCUGGUCUCCGAGGCGGUGAUGUCGAUAACGAGGACACCUUCGCGUAUGUCGACUUCCGGUUCUAGAGGAGCAACCUGAAGAAGAAAUUUCUAUUAUUCGUCCCAACAAUGCAGGAGUAUCUUGUAUGCGUCCAUUGCGAAUCGACGUCGGAACUGCGAGCUCGAUGUAGGAGAGUAGCUCUGUAAAUCUCGCGAUAAUAAUAUUUUUAAUACUCGAUGGUAUAAUGCAGGUAAUUGCAUUCGCGAAUCCAGAGGAAUCCCACUGAUCGGCCAGGUUGACCACGAGGAGUUUUUCGAUGACUCCUUCUAUUUUUGAAAAGUUGGUCAACGGGCUGUCGCUCAGCUGGAUAUAUUUUGUACAAGUACUUUUCCAAUCGAACUGAUUAUAGAUUCGUUAAAGGGAGUCGCGCGUUUCGGUCGCAACGGAGGAUCGGUCGAGCAUGGAAUCAUGAUUAGCGCUAUGAGAAUAACGAAGUACAGAUAGUCGCUCUCUUAUCAAAUUACCGCAGAGUACGCUUAGGUACUAAUUACAGUAUGUCUUCUGUCGCCCUAUAUCUCACGGACCAUUAUAUCUCGAUACUCUAGUGAAUUCGUACCUUCCACUUUUUUUUUUUUAUUACGUUUAAUCGCGGACUCAACAGGUGUAAUAUUUAUUUCCACUCGCUCUCGAUUAUCAAUAUUCGAACGAGCUUUCGCUGUAAGGUAUCGUCUCUCCUAUCUAUCUUCCUAUCGAUCAAUCCCUCGUGUCUGUGGAAGACCGAAAGAAGGAGAAGAAAAAAUGGAAACUGACUCCUGCAUGAAUUUCUGGUGCAUGUUUAACGUACGGUCUUCGUGAUCCCUCGAAAUUUUGUGGCCAGUUUCACAAUUACCUUAAAUGUACCGUAACACUUUUAUGCGGAAGAGUAGUGUAUCGGGUAUCUAAUAAAAUUGCUUUAUCUGUUACUUGUAUCAAAUUUAAGUACGCGUUCGUUAAAUUUAAGACGCUGUGAAUCUGGCUCGUAGUAGAUUAAAUUGAGGGAACGUUAAGUAACACCUCUUCCACGUGGAGUUAGUUUCUUCUCUUUUUUUUUCCCCCUUUUCAUUUUUACUGCGAUUCCGACCGCGUAGGGAUAUAAAAAAAGAAAAGAAUUGUAAGAGCUCGGAAAAACGAAGACUACGGCGGGUAAAACGAACACUGGGAGCGAAAGAUGCGUUCAAUAAAAAAUCGGAGAUGCAGUCCGCAGAGUCUCGAUGCGGACUUCGCGCAACAUUAAUCGUAGCAUGUAACGUUAUGGGUAAUGACUUUAGUCGUAACAUUGAAUCACGUUAACUGACGCUAGACAUUAAUGAUAAUUAAAACUACAAGCCAUCUCUGUACAUAAAAACGCGUCGAAAGGUAGGACUUGCUGUAGUCGAGAACCUCGUGUACGUACCACGCGCCACCUCAUCUAUGAAUAAUAAUACACUUUUUUUAAUGAAAA